CGAGAACCUAUUUAAUUAUUUUUCCUAUAUUCAAUACACCCCUCCUACGAUAUAAAAAUAUCAAAUUGAUAAUCAUCUGUUUUGAUUUCUGAAUUAAUAAAAUUGGUAUGAGACUAGUAAUGGUGUCAUACAAUCUCCCUCCCCAGGAAGGCAGGAACUCAGACAAAUCGGCGCAUUUCGACUCUCCGAAGCUUUGUAAUUUCGCCCAAAUCCUACCACCACUCUGAAAGCCUUAAUCGGCGCUCUUCAAUCUUUGGUACUGGUAACUGGUGAUUCGGUGUUCCACUACUCUAACCACUACCAGCUUCUUACACUCGCAGUGUUCUUUCUCCGGAAAUCCCAGUUUCUUUGUGUUCGUCUCUGAUUAGUAUAUGUUUAUGAUUCGUACCCUUAUGCAAAUUAGGUGUGUUUCAGCGUGUGAUUGUGGUAUAUCUCCGUCAUCUACUCAGCACAGUUGAAAUUGAAUUGGAUUGUGUUCUUAUUAUUGAAUUCUAGUCUAGCUCUCUGUGAUGGAAACCUCUGCUGAAGAAGAGUUGUCUGCAUUUGAAGCGAAAGUGAAACGGACGGUGUAUAUUGACAACCUCUCACCACUGGUUAAUGAAUCAGUCCUUAGGUCUGCCUUUGGUCAGUUUGGGAAUGUCACGGGUGUUCAGUUUAUUCCCAAUUACUUGGAACCAAAUGAAACCUCAAAAGCUGCUUUGAUUGAGAUGGAAAAUGCUAGGCAGGCCGAAGGGAUAAUAUCUGACAUCUCUAAUUCCCCUUUUAUGGUAUCCGGGAUGCCAAGACCUGUAAGGGCACUCCCUUCAGAAGCUUUGAUGUUUGAUGAGCGCCCGAGAAGACCGGGAAGGAAAAUACACUGCCGUUGGUUGGAAUCCGAUGAUCCUAAAUACAAGGUGGCCGAGAAGCUUGUACACUUGACCAGGAGACAUGCUGCAGAGGCCUCUUUCCUCCGAACGUGUCAAGAGCAAGAGGAUAAAGAGCUUGCAAUCCAGCAAGCAGAGGCAUUGAAGUCCAACUACAAGAAGUAUGAGCUGAUUGACAAUGUUUUUUCUGACAAAACCGUUCAUAAGCUUGGAGAUCGAUAUCAUGUCCGUGUCUCAGAUGCUUGAAGACUUGUUCCCAUCCCAAUCUGCAAGCUUGGUCAUCUUAUUCAAAUGAUGUUUUUGUUCGUGCGAGCGCAUGUAUUUAGUGAUCUUUUGUCGUGAUCAUAUUUUGGUUGCAUGCUCUUUGUAGUUACUACGCAGUAUCCUUUUUUUACUACAAUAUCAACUAUGAUCCACAAAUCAUUCAAGACGAGUGUUAGGAUUAAAAGGAUUUAAAAGGAUCAAGCUAUUAUGACACAAA